UGUAAUUGCUGAGCUGCUUCUCUGACAUCCCUGGGAUUUUAUUGUGGAGCAAUAUAAAACUACAUUUUUAAUUAGUGAAUUCAUGUUGCUCACAGCCAUUACAAAGAGCUUGUUGGGCAUGCACACAGUAGGCCUGUUAUCUUUGAAUCAUCCCCAAGAUGCUUCUGCACAGGCAGAAAGGCCUCUGCUGCAUUUAUUCAGAAGGCCAUUAUGGCCCCACUGAUGUCCUAAGGUGUUUUCCCAGUGUGUUGUCUCACUGGAAUGAACCAUGUGCAAUUGAACCAGGAAUAAUGCAGUACUGUUUUGGCUUCAGGCACUGGGUUUUUUAGCUUUGGAAAAUUCACUUGAUCCGUUGAUUCUGUUCUUCAGGUGAUGACAUGGAAAUAAUGGUAUUUCAAGCACUGCAAGGACUGCUUAGGAGUAGCAUGUUUCUGACCUAUAAGGGGAAGCAGGAAGUUGCACAAGAAAAAGCAAGCAUUGAUAUUAUGUUUGCUAUGAAGAUAGGAUUGUACCUCCUAUCCUCCUAGUCUAGAGCUAUAAAAGCUAUAGACUGCUCUGGCUGAGGGUGUGCAUCAUCCUGUGCAGCACAGUCAUCGAGGCAGAAUCACAACACUUGCACCUUGUACCCUGCAGCUAUUUUAAACAUGAAUAAAAAUUUCAUGUUGAGUGCCAAGAGCUCAGCUGGAGCAGACUUGUGCAAACACCUGUAGUUUCACCAGAGGAAAACAAUUUUAAUCAUUUGUCCUUGGAGAUGUGCGGACACUUCAUGUAUCAUUGCACAGAAAAGCUUUUUGUACAUUUUUUUAGAAUGCAUUGUACUACAAUUUUCAACUAUAGCAAAAAAAUGUGGUUCUUUUUUUUUUUAAUUUUUAUAGAGUAAACUUAAUUUAUUGAAGGAAUUUUAUAAUCUGUUAAGCUUAAUAUUAACUAUAGACAGGGACUUCUAAAGUUUUUAAAAUAGAAUUUUUAGAAUAUAUUCUUAAGAAUGACAGUUCUUUACAGGUAGCAAAUCAUUAACUGUGUCACAUGGUUUCCAUAUGAAUUUAGUUUCACUUUGUGUUAUAUCAGUAAGCCCUUUAACUUUCUUUGGAUUGCAAGUCUUGUAAAGGUAUGGAUGGGAAACCUGCAAAUAUGCAAAUCUACAAUUUUUGAACUGAAAAAACCUCUAUCCAUGGCCAGUAUUCAGGAACCACUAAUGAAGAAUGACUCCACCAAUUAAAAAGACAAUUUACAUUUAUCUUUUCCAGAAUAGAUAUGUAUCAAGGAAGUUAAUUUAAUAUUUAGAUCAAGAACAUAGAAAAAUGCAAGUCCCUUUGCCAUAAUAAAAAUGCAUAACCCAACUUUUCUUUGUAUAGAGCCCUAUGAGCAGGAGGUAUCAUCAGUAAAAAGACUCUAUUGUAGUAAAGCAUUUAGAUUCCUUUACAUGAAGUGAGGAGAGAAUGAUAAGUGGCAGUCUAACACAUGAUGAAAUUUACUAAGCAGAAUUUUUUUGCUUUAGUUGGCGGAAUUAUAAUUUAUGUAGUUGAUAUUGGAGUGGACUUUUGGGUAGCUAGUAAAUAUUUCUGUCAAGGACAAUAUUCUUGGAGUAUAUUGAUACUGUGUUUUAGAGGUAUUUCAUCAUUAGUAACUCAGAUAUUUAGUUAUGAAUGGUUUAAAAACGACUGGGAAGGUACUGAUACUGGGAAGUUGAAAUGGAUUUUUCUAGUUCAUCUCUUUCACUGUGGAAUUUUUAUAAGGUAUUGGUUUGCUUUGAAAUAUGGCUGCCAAGCUGCAUUUAAACUAAAAAGCAGUGGAGAUGCUUCAGAAACAGACCCUUCCAACUUCAUUAAAAAACAAGCUAUUGAUGCAGUGACUGAUAUUAACAUGCUCAGGGUGUUCAAGGCUUUUCUUGAGACCACGCCACAACUUUUUGUCCAGAUUUACAUCCUCAUGCAACAUGGCAAAACUAAUUGCUAUCAAUAUGCUGCCAUUUUUAUGUCUUUUUGUGGUAUCUCCCUUUCAAUGGUUGAUUAUCAGAUGUCAUUACAAAAAUCUCUGCCUGACAAAGGUGAAUUUUGUGUGCCUUCCAAGUUCAUGUAUCUCUUCUAUAAACUGCUUACCAUCACUUCUUGGGUACUCAGUAUUUCACUUAUCACUCUACUGAGUGUUAGAAUUUCUGUAAUUCUGCUGAUAUUUCUUUGGAUCUGUGGCUUCACUUGGACUUUGAAACAACGUACAACAUUUUGCAAAUCUAAGAAGAUGGAAUAUCUGUACAGAACUGUAGUUGGAAUAAUUCUAAUUUUUACAUUUUUUAACAUAAAGGAGAGAAGAACGAAAGUUUGCAUUUCUAUUUAUUAUGCUACUCACACUGUAGUAACUCUAGGUAUUUUGUUUGUAUAUAUGUUCUGGAAACCUUCCAUUAUCAAGGAAAUGCAUUUUACAAUUGUGAUCAUCUUAACUAUUUUACAUCUGGUGUUAGGUAUUAUUUUUCUUGUUGUUUAUUAUAAGCAUUUUCAUCCGACUACUUAUUGCAGACCACAGGCAUGUUUAGAUGAAGUUGAUGGAAUGACAGGACAAAAAGAUAGAGUGAAAACCAGCAGAUUUCAAAAUUUUUUAAUGCCAUGAAUGGUGUAGAUCUUUUUUUGUGAAGACUUCAAAGCAAAUACUGGACAAUCUGUUUCUCUGUCUUGUUUCGUAUGUAUCAUCACAUAAGGGACCAGAGUUAUUGACUUUGAAUAACUAUUUGUUUUCUGUGAUGCUGUACAAAAACUGUAACAUGAAUAUUCACCUGCUGGUGAAAGUUACUUUUGAAAAAGAAACAAUCUAUCUAUCCAACACAUUCCACUGUUUUAGUUUUUUUCAAAACGCAAAUGUAAGAUAGGAAAAGCUAAAAGUUAAUAAAAUGAAA